AUGAGUGCCUACGAUCUCAGCACAGAUCCGUACAAGCCUGUAGAGCCCUGUGCCAUCUCAUACAGGCCUGUAGAGCCUAGCACUGACCCAUACGAGCCCAAAAAGGACCCAGCCCAGUUCCUCCAGGUCCACGGCCGGGCCUGCAAGGUGCAUCUGGACUCGGCCGUCGCCCUCGCCGCCGAGAGCCCCGUCAACAUUCUGUAUCUGGUCUUUCCCAGCUCCCCCGAGCAGGAGUCCGACGAGAGAAAAUGCAACUAUGAGCGAUACAGAGGCCUGGUGCAGAACGACUUUGCUGGCAUCUCUGAGGAGCAGUGUCUCUAUCAGAUUUACAUCGACGAGCUCUACGGGGGACUCCAAAAGCCAAACGAAGAUGAGAAAAAGAAGCUGGCGGAGAAAAAGGCCUCCAUCGGCUACACGUACGAGGACAGCACCGUAGCUGAGCUCGAGAACUCCUUGGAGAAGCGGGGGGAUGAGGAAGACUCUGAGGAGGACAGCAACACGGAUGAAGACGAAGUCAUCCCCGAUAUUGAUGUCGAAGUGGACGUGGACGAGUUGAAUCAGGAGCAAGUGGCCGACCUGAACAAGCAGGCGACCACAUACGGCAUGGCAGAGGGGGACUUUGUCAGGAUGCUGCGAAAAGACAAAGAGGAGGCAGAAGCAAUUAAACACGCCAAAGCCUUGGAAGAGGAGAAGGCCAUGUACUCGGGCCGUCGCUCUCGUCGCCAGAGGAGGGAGUUCAGAGAGAAACGCUUGAAAGGGAGGAAAAUCAGCCCUCCCAGCUACGCCCGAAGAGACAGCCCCACGUACGAUCCCUACAAACGGUCUCCCUCAGAGUCCACCUCUGAAUCCCGCUCCCGUUCCCGCUCGCCAUCUCCUGGCCACGAGGAGAAGAUCACCUUCAUCACCAGCUUCGGCGGCAGCGAUGAAGAGGCGGCGUCCGCGCAAGCUGGCGGCGUCCCCGGGAAAGCCACCUCGCUCGGCAAACAGCGCUCCACCCCAGGGCAGCCGGGCAGCACUGCGGCAGGUCAUAGCACCUCUUCCCGGUCGGUAACUCUCCCAUCUGGCUCGCUUUCCCAAUCCUUAACCGCAGAGAGCACAGCAGGGGCCAGGCAGACCGCCCAGCCCCUCGUGGGCCUGGAGCCGGGAUGGUUCUGCUCGGAGACGCUGGCAGGGGGCUCUCCCGACAUCCGUGGCCUGGCUGCUGGCCCUUCUCAAAGGGGGAAUGUCCCAGGAGGGAGUGGGUGGCUCAUUGCAGCAAGGCCGGGGGAAGCCAUGCAGAGCUGCCGAGGGUGGACAGGGAGAGAUUUGAGCAGGUGGCAACUGGAAAGAGGCUGUGUCCCCGAUUCAGUGAGCCGUGGGGCAGGCGUACGGGGCUCCAGGUUGCCUGGUCCUUCUUGCCAGGUCCCGGCAGGUGCCCACCCAGCUCUGCUGCUGGGCCGGGGCAGAGGGAGAUGUCGUGGUAUCAGAGCAAAGCUUGUUGGCUCACAGAGAGGGACUUUGCAGCACCUCUGGGCCCUCCUGGAGUUUGUGGGAUGGGGGAUUUGGGAAGCAGAAACGCAGUCCCGCAGCCGGAGCCGACGGUACUCCGGAGGGGGCUCGCGGGACAGUCGGCGCCGUUCCAGGUCCUAUUCUCCCGACCGGGGGUAUCGCUACAGCUCCCGCCGCCGCUCCAGGAGCCGUUCCAGAUCCGGGGAGCGCUACCGGCGGGGUGGCAGGUCGAGCAGACACUGGAGCAGCAGCCCGAGCAGCCGAAGCCCCAGCGAUUCACGAAGCCGCAGCAAGUCGGUGUCUCCAGUGAGAGAGAAACCGCUGAGGCCUGCAGCAUCCCCAGCCGUGGGGGAGAAACUGAAAAAGGCUGACACUGCUGCUGGUAAAGAGACAGGAGCUGCCAAACCCAAGCUGACGCCGCAGGAGAAGCUGAAGCUCCGCAUGCAGAAGGCGCUGAAUCGGCAGUUUAAAGCUGACAAAAAGGCAGCACAGGAGAAGAUGCUACAGCAGGAACACGAGAGACAGGAGCGCGAAGACGAGCUGCGGGCCAUGGCGCGGAAGAUCCGCAUGAAGGAGAGAGAGCGGCGUGAGAAAGAGCGGGAGGAGUGGGAGAGGCAGUACAGCAGGCAGAGCCGGUCUCCGUCCCCGCGAUACAGUCGGGAAUACAGCUCCUCGAGGAGGCGGUCCCGGUCCCGGUCGCGGAGCCCUCACUACCGCCACUAACAGCCCGGCUCCGGGAGACGCUGUACAUUGCUGGUUUUGUUCAUUAUGUGCCGUUAUCAAAUAAAGAAGGAAAUCCC